CCCCGGAUGCCAUGUCGGUAUGCAGAGUGUCACUCGUUUGUAAAUAAUGUUGUUUAUUUGGCGACAAUGACAGUAAAGGAAUUGAAAUUAUGUGUUAGAAAUUAUUCAUUUGGAAAUAUUUUAUAAUCGAAAUGUAAAUUACGUUGUUUAAUUUAAGAAUUGAUAAAGAAACAAAUUAACAACGUUUAAACAAGAGUGCGUUUUGUAAAUAUGACGACAUUAAAAGGAAUUUUUCCUGACUUAAAGCCAGUGAGGCGAAAAAAUUUCAUUCAUGAAAAUGUGAAAAAUCUACAUCGUAUGAAAAAAAUUUCGGUGAAUACAGCAACGGAAGAUAUACAAAAAUCACAGAUACAUAAUCGAAAAAGAAUUAAUAACAAUAAUUAUAACGAAGAUAGUUUACUAAAACCCGGUACAAAGCAACAUGAAAUUAUUCAUGCAAAAGGUACUGCAAAUCACAAAUCAGAAUUGUAUAAAAAGUCCAGUGCCCCUAUAUUAACCAAAACUGCUAGUUGUACAAAGAAACCAAUGCGUUCAACUAACAACAAUAUAUCAGUUAACCAAAAAAAGGAGUGUCAUAAACAUAGACCUCUAAAAAAAUCACAUGGGAAAGUUUUGUCAGACUCUAACUUAUCCUGCACGUCAGUCAGAGAUAAUCUAAAAACUGAAGUCAGAAACCAAGGUAUUCAAACAUUGAAUACAACAGAAAUUGAUAAUUUAUAUUCUGAGGGGAUCAUAAAGUAUCCUUCAAAAAGAUUUCUAAGCUGUAAUGAGGCAAAUGAGGAAAUUGGUAAACCAUCAGAAGGAGGAGACACACCUGUGCAAAAUGAAACUGGUUUAAAGAAUCCUAAGGAAGAGACUGAUUUUAUUAAAUUAAAUAAACAAAAUUCUUCUACUACUAAUAAAAUAACUAGUAAAACUAAUAGUAACAAUAUUAACAACCCUAAACCUAAUACUUCUGCUUCUAAUUAUCGCAUGGGCGUAGUUCCAAAGUACAUUAAGAAUAGAAAGGAAACUCUAGAAAAAAUAGAGAAAGCUAAGACAAAAGAACUAGAUGCCAAUUGUCCGGAUGGUCAUGUUCCUUUACCUGACGAUGAACGCAGAGAAACGUUACGUGUGUUACGAAAGAAUUACCAAGAAUUUGUAAAUGAAUUAAAUAUGUUGCCAAUAAAGGUAGACACACUUAGGGCACAGCGUCGAAAAAUGGAAAUAGAAAAACAACUGAAUAAAUUGGAAGAAGGAAUAAAGGUGUUCUCAAGACCUAAGGUUUAUGUAAAAAUGAAUGCAUAAAUUGUUAAUAUG